CGAUGAAAAAUGCUCUGAAAGUAAAGUAUUGCUGCUUUCAAAUUAAACUGUGGGGGCCCCUUGAAGAGACCAUUUCCACCCGUUGCCGCCAUCGGGUAUGUGACCACCGUCACCGCCGCUGUUUUCUCUUCGUCUUUCUCUUAACAUAACAAGACUAAUGCUCAUAAUCCCAACAACUUAAAGUAACAGUUCGAUGUAUCUUCACAGAUGACAGAACCACCAAAAAUUACCUUCCUCUAAUAACCUUUACUUUCCACAUGUAUGUUCCAAUCUUGAAUAGAGACAAAAAUUAGUUUGUACUGAUGAGUAGUAGGUGAUGGGAUAACAAACAAAACUAGCCAUCCUCACCACACAUUCUUCAGACACCAAACCGAUAAGGCCUCUCUUCUCUUCACCCUUUUUCUGUCUAUUUCUCCUUGAAUCACUCCUACUGUUUUUUGUGAACUUAGAAAGCAUCUCAAAAUAUUUAAGCCUAAAAAUGUUAUCACUAAGACCUUGUAAGAGCCAAUGUCAAUCAACAUUUCUCCCAUCAAUAACAACCCCAUCAUCUAAGCUCCAUCAAAGACUAACCCAAACAACAGUUCACAUGAGAAGAAGAAAGGUAAUUGGUUGUACUACCAGUGACAACAAAGGAGGAGGAGGAGAAGAAAGCAAGACCGAAAACAGACGAACUUUCUUGACAAUCGAAGAAGCAGGACUUGUCGAAAUUUCUGGCCUCAGCCCUCAUGAGCGCUUUCUUUGCCGUCUUACGAUAUCUUCCUUAAACUUGUUAAGAGUAAUAUCAGAACAAGAAGAAUGCUCAAUUGAAGAGCUUAAUGCUGGCAAAAUAUGUGAUUGGUUUGUAAAAGAUAAGCUCAAAAGAGAACAGAAUCUUGACUCUGCUGUCCUUCAAUGGGAUGAUUCUGAUUUUCAACUUUGAUUUUCUAUUUUCUUUCUCUCUUUUUAAUAGGAUAGUAUUAUUAUUGUUUACAGUAAUUUUAUACACUCAAUUAUAUUGCAAGGCAAUUAAUUUAUGAGCUUGUAUGUAACAUUUUGGGAAAAUAUGUUAAAAGAGUUUGGUUGGAGUGUUUGAACUUUCA